CCUUCCUGUGUGUCAGAAGAGUGUACUCUCUAGAUGUAGGGUGCAAAAGAAAUCUGAAUAUACUUCGCUACACUUUACUCCCACCCAAAAGGACCAAGCUGAGGCUUCAGUGUCAACAUGGCUCUCCGAUUUGCAGUUCAGCAGAAGAACAAAACAAUGACAGACUGUGGUUUUGAGAGGCAGUUUGUGGAUGCUCAUAAUGACUAUCGCAGGAAGCAUGGUGCCCCGCCCCUAGCUCUGAGCAGAGACCUGUGUAACUCCGCCCAGAAAUGGGCAGACCAUCUUCUGUCAAUCAAAAGCCUGAAGCACAGCUCCACCAAUCACGGAGAAAACCUUUACUACGCAUACAGCUCAACCCCCAAAAAACCUGUUGGGAAGGAUGCAGUGGACAGUUGGUACAGUGAAAUCAAAGAUUACCACUUCAAUAAGCCUGGCUUCAGCUCCAGUACAGGUCACUUCACCCAGGUGGUUUGGAAGGACUGCAGCGAGGUAGGUGUGGGCCUGGCCACAGAUGGGCAAACGAUCUUUGUAGUGGGCCAGUACCACCCAGCUGGCAACAUGUGCAACGCGGGCUACUUUGAGAAGAAUGUCCUACCACUUGGUAGCUCCACCUCUAGAGCCCCCAAAUGUUUCCCCACAGCCGGAGAAGGAGGGGGCCUGAGUGUACCCCAGUCUAAAUUUGCCAGAUCCUCUUCACCUGCAUAUAAGGCUCCUCCUCAGGCGAACGGCACUGACCUGGGCCAGUUCCACCUAGACUUCCUACGGGCGUGUAACAACCAGCGGAUGGCACAUGGAGCCCCAGCCCUCACACUGGACCCAGCCCUGAGUCAGGGGGCGCAGGCAUGGGCAGAAACUCUACUGGGAGAGCGGGUGCUGAAGAACUCAUCCUCCCCCCAUGGUGAAAAUAUCUGGGCCAAGACGGGGUCAGCGGGCAUCACUGCUACGGGUCAAGAGGUGGUGGACGCCUGGUACAAACAAGAGGAGAACUAUGACUUCUCCAAACCAGGACAUCAGGACAAAACAGGGCAGUUCACACAACUGGUGUGGCGUAGCUCCAAGGAGGUGGGCGUCGGCAUGGCAAACGGUGACACGGGAAUGCUCGUCGUGGUGGCACACUUUAAACCGGCUGGCAACAUCAGCAACCCCGGUUACCACGCUCAGAAUGUGAUGCCAAAAGGGUCGAAAGUUACCGAUAAACCAGUGGAGGUCGUCACUUCGAGAAUGCAGGCUUUGGCCGUGAACUCACUGUCAGACCUGGGCCAGUUCCACCUAGACUUCCUACGGGCGUGUAACAACCAGCGGAUGGCACAUGGAGCCCCAGCCCUCACACUGGACCCAGCCCUGAGUCAGGGGGCGCAGGCAUGGGCAGAAACUCUACUGGGAGAGCGGGUGCUGAAGAACUCAUCCUCCCCCCAUGGUGAAAAUAUCUGGGCCAAGACGGGGUCAGCGGGCAUCACUGCUACGGGUCAAGAGGUGGUGGACGCCUGGUACAAACAAGAGGAGAACUAUGACUUCUCCAAACCAGGACAUCAGGACAAAACAGGGCAGUUCACACAACUGGUGUGGCGUAGCUCCAAGGAGGUGGGCGUCGGCAUGGCAAACGGUGACACGGGAAUGCUCGUCGUGGUGGCACACUUUAAACCGGCUGGCAACAUCAGCAACCCCGGUUACCACGCUCAGAAUGUGAUGCCAAAAGGGUCGAAAGUUACCGAUAAACCAGUGGAGGUCGUCACUUCGAGAAUGCAGGCUUUGGCCGUGAACUCACUGUCAGUUCAGCAGAAGAACAAAACAAUGACAGACUGUGGUUUUGAGAGGCAGUUUGUGGAUGCUCAUAAUGACUAUCGCAGGAAGCAUGGUGCCCCGCCCCUAGCUCUGAGCAGAGACCUGUGUAACUCCGCCCAGAAAUGGGCAGACCAUCUUCUGUCAAUCAAAAGCCUGAAGCACAGCUCCACCAAUCACGGAGAAAACCUUUACUACGCAUACAGCUCAACCCCCAAAAAACCUGUUGGGAAGGAUGCAGUGGACAGUUGGUACAGUGAAAUCAAAGAUUACCACUUCAAUAAGCCUGGCUUCAGCUCCAGUACAGGUCACUUCACCCAGGUGGUUUGGAAGGACUGCAGCGAGGUAGGUGUGGGCCUGGCCACAGAUGGGCAAACGAUCUUUGUAGUGGGCCAGUACCACCCAGCUGGCAACAUGUGCAACGCGGGCUACUUUGAGAAGAAUGUCCUACCACUUGGUAGCUCCACCUCUAGAGCCCCCAAAUGUUUCCCCACAGCCGGAGAAGGAGGGGGCCUGAGUGUACCCCAGUCUAAAUUUGCCAGAUCCUCUUCACCUGCAUAUAAGGCUCCUCCUCAGGCGAACGGCACUGACCUGGGCCAGUUCCACAGAGACUUCCUACGGGCGUGUAACAACCAGCGGAUGGCACACGGAGCCCCAGCCCUCACACUGGACCCAACCCUGAGUCAGGGGGCGCAGGCAUGGGCAGAAACUCUACUGGGAGAGCGGGUGCUGAAGAACUCAUCCUCCCCCCAUGGUGAAAAUAUCUGGGCCAAGACGGGGUCAGCGGGCAUCACUGCUACGGGUCAAGAGGUGGUGGACGCCUGGUACAAACAAGAGGAGAACUAUGACUUCUCCAAAACAGGACAUCAGGACAAAACAGGGCAGUUCACACAACUGGUGUGGCGUAGCUCCAAGGAGGUGGGCGUCGGCAUGGCAAACGGUGGCACGGGAAUGCUCGUCGUGGUGGCACACUUUAAACCGGCUGGCAACAUCAGCAACCCCGGUUACCACGCUCAGAAUGUGAUGCCAAAAGGGUCGAAAAUUACCGAUAAGCCAGUGGAGGUCGUCACUUCGAGAAUGCAGGCAUUGGCCGUGAACUCACUGUCAGCCAAUGAGCUUGGCCAGUUCGGCCGGGCUCUUCUGAAGUCUCUCAACCAAUACCGGAGCCAGCACGGGGCAUUACCUCUGGUGCUAAGCCCUGCCCUCACUAGGGAGGCCCAGGAUUGGGCGGCUCACCUGGUGAGCAUCAACACACUGAUGAAUAGCGGCAAAGGCCACGGGGAGAACAUAUUCUACUGCUCUGGCUCCAGCACAGCGACCCCUACUGGAUCAGAUGUGGCCGAGUCUUGGUACAAGGAGAUUGAGAAGUAUAACUUCUCAUCCCCUGGUUUUCAGAGUGGAGCAGGUAAUUUCACUCAAAUGGUCUGGAAGUCCUCAAAGCAAGUAGGCGUGGGUUUGGCGACCAGUGGGCGGGGCACGUUUAUCGCCGUGGCGUUCUACGAUCCAGCAGGCAACAUCACCAACCCAGGCUAUUUCCAUGACAACGUGAAAACCAAAGGAAGCAUACUUUAGUCUGAGCCAUAUAUAUGUAGUAUGUAUGCCAGCACUCCCAAAGGUUUCUAUAGGAACGGGUGCUUAUCUGGGCAAACACAUUGUUGCUGUUACCUUUGGUUGUUGCUAUGAUUUGUCCUCUUUUGGAAGGCUAAGAAUCUUUUUUUGUUAGUUCAUUGUUUUCCAUUGAUGGCGCCAUUCGAACGCGCCAUGCAGUUGCCAGGAGCCAUCAGUGUAGGCGGCCGUUUUAUGUGAGACAAACCUGACCUUAACUUUUUUAACUUCUAUCUCAAAUGAUACCCUUACAUUGUUAUUUUCUAACCAACAACAGUAAUUUGGGAAAUCUGUAUAAAUGGCUUUUACGUUGUCUUAAUAGGAAAUCAUUUUAAUGGUUAUGGGUAUUUUCACCGGACAGUUUCUUUUAUAAGUUCAUUUUUCUGUUACCUCGAGUUAUUUGGCUUUGAACUCGUCCUAUUAUCGUAUUUGUGGCCAAAGCAUAAACUGGAGAAAACUCCACCUCAAAUAGACAGUUUCAUAAAUGCUCACUAUUUCCUCAUAGAACACGAUGUCACGUUGGCUCGCUGAGCUGGCCAAUCAGUGGUCAACUUUCAUGAACAUUUCUAAUGACCGGUAUACUCCCACACCAUUCUGUUGGGGUAUGUCCACGCCAUUCAAACACAUAUAAUAAGGAUCUCUACAGAUCGGUGUCCUACCCGCGGGACGGUUGAGCUAAUGCGAUUAGCUGUAGGUCAUAUUUCGUAGAAGUCUGGAAACGCUGGACAGUUACUUAAAACCCGAUAUGUAAUGCCUUUAAUCUCGUGCACGUUUUUUUCAUUUACUGUCAAUGAAUAGAGAAAUGUCGCUUUUUAAAUGUAUUCAUUGAUGUUUAUCAAACAUGUUGACAUACAGACUGAGACUGCACUGUGUUGACAAGGGGCAAUAAAUGGUGGAAUUAAA